AGAGACAUUCUUUCGAACAACGGAGAUUUGUCUCGACGAAACACAGUUUGUGUGUGUGUUCUGUACAAUGUCGUAGAGGAAGAGAAACGCAAAUGGAGAAGAAAAGGCGAAACCUUUGACGACGGCGGCUUCGUCGAGAGUGACUUGGAGCAUGGACCGCCGAACUCGAAGUGAGACUCAGCAAAACGGUGCUAAAGCGGCUGGAUCCGUCACCAAGCUUGCGUCGCCAAAGAAGGUGAAGAGGAAGAAGUCAGAGGUUGAGACUGAGACCGAGAGUGAGAAGAAGACAAAGAAGGAAGAGGAAGAAGCAGAGGCUGAAGACUCGACGAAGCGGAAGAUUGUUAUCGAGCACUGUAAACAAUGCAAUGCUUUCAAGACAAGAGCCAUACAGGUGAAGGAAGGUCUGGAAGGAGCUGUUCCUGGCGUCACGGUGACUCUGAAUCCUGAAAAGCCAAGGAGGGGUUGCUUUGAGAUCCGGGAGGAAGGUGGCCAAACAUUCAUCAGUCUUUUGGAGAUGAAACGUCCAUUUGCUCCAAUGAAGGCUCUUGAUAUGGAAGAAGUCAUCGAGGACAUCAUAAACAAGAUUAAAUGAGAGACUGCUACAGACUGCAAAUAGGAGGCUCUUCUUGUGCCGGUUAUGUCCUUUGUUUCUACCUUGGCCUCAGUUUAAUCAAGUAGGAUUCCAUAAAAGAUAAUUUCAAGAGCAAUUUCAGAUUUGUUACCUUCACCUUAUUGUUUCAGUAUACGAGCGCUGUAACUGCAGUCUCGUCAUUUUCCAAUGCAUGAUUGGCUUGUUGAUUUGUUUAGUUUGGGAGAUUAACUGGUAUUUGUAAGGCUAGUUUGAUUCUUCUCGUUGCUUCAACCAAACCGAUGCUGAAGUGUUUAUUUGUUGUUGUGAUCA